GCUGCGGCUGAGGCUCUUCCCACCCCGCUCAUCGUGAUUCCCGCAGGGCGCUGGCCAUGGAGCCGGGCAGCAUCGACAACCUGUCCAUCCUGUACCAGAGCUCCGACUUCAUCGUGGUCAACAAGCACUGGGACAUCCGCAUCGACAGCAAGAUGUGGUACGAGACCCUGACGCUGCAGAGCCAGCUCAAGUACCGCUUCCCCGAGCUGGCCGACCCCGACACCUACUACGGCUUCAGGUUCUGCCACCAGCUCGACUUCUCCACCAGUGGGGCUCUGUGUGUUGCACUCAACAAGGCAGCAGCGGGAAGCGCCUACAAGUGCUUUAAAGACCGGCUGGUGACCAAAGCCUAUCUCGCCCUGGUCCGGGGCCACGUCAGCCAGAGCCGGAUGACGAUCCGCUACGCCAUAGGGAAGAACACCACCGAGGGCAUGACCCACAUGAUGUGCAUCGAUGGGACGGAGGGCUGUGAGAACCCCAAGCCUUGCCAGUCGGAGCUGAUCGUGCUGGAGCACGGGUCCUACAGCGGAGACCCCGUAACCAAAGUGCUGCUGCAGCCGCUUACAGGGCGCACUCAUCAGCUCCGGGUUCACUGCAGCGCCAUCGGCCACCCCAUCGUGGGGGACUUCACCUACAGCCACAGGAAGGACAGCAGUCCCUAUAGGAUGAUGCUCCAUGCCUACUACCUGCGCAUCCCCACCGGCAAGGAGCUCAUUGAGGUCUGCGCCCCCGACCCCUUCAUCACCGCAAUGGACAGCAACUGGGUGCCCCAGAGCAUCACUCACCGGCUGGAUGAGACCAUCCAAGAGCUGAAGGACAAGGUGAUGCAGAAGGAGGAAGAGGAAAGCCAGGAAGCCGUGCUCGGUGGUGGGGAGCAGGAGGCACUGAGUGAAGCCAAGAGCCCAGAGACAGAGGAGCAGCGAGCCCGGUGCGAGCAGUGGUUGGCCGAGUGGGCACUGGAGUGAGCACAAACCACGUCGUUGCGUUUCCAGCCCAAUGCUCCUUUUCUAUCCCAGUGGGUCCCUGCGGAGCCCAGCGCUGACUCCAUGCCUGCACUUCCUGUAUCCAUGGCUUCCUUCACUUCUGGGGCUGGGAUUAGGCAGAUUUUAGCAGUGUUUAGCGGUUUUUAAUGUACACAUUAUCCAUCUGGCCACCGGAUGCCCCUUUCCUAACUGUGGGCCUCAGCAGCAGAGUCAGUGUGUCAUGUACCAGCUUAGAGUGACCCAAAAGCUUUAUGUCCUCACCCCAGGGCUCAGGCACAGCCAGGGCAGCAGGGAUGCUGCCUUUGCCAUGAGGAUGAUGGACACGUCCGCAAACCCUCAGUGCCAGGAUGGCAAAGCAAAGGGAGGGGAGAACACACCUGGGGCAGCUUGGGUGUUGUGUCAUUGACUCUCAGGAUGGUUUGGGUUGAAGGGACCUUAAAGCUCCUCCAGCUCCAACCCCUGCCACAGGCAGGGACCCCUUCCACUGGAGCAGCUUGCUCCAAGCCCCUGUGUCCAACCUGGCCUUGAGCACUGCCAGGGAUGGGGCAGCCACAGCUUCUCUGGGCACCCUGUGCCAGCGCCUCAGCACCCUCACAGGGAAGAGCUUCUGCCUAAGAGCUCAUCUCAGUCUCCCCUCGGGCAGGUUAAAGCCAUUCCCCUUGUCCCUCACUCCUGUUCCUUUCACUCCAGCCUGCUGUGCUUGCUGGCGCACAUCGACUGGGAGGUGGGAGAUCAGGAGGCUGAAGUGCAGCCUGGGGGCUCCAUCAGCCCCGUGAAUCCUGGGGCGAGUUGAUCCAAAUGGAUUUUAAUCUUUUUUUUCAGGUUUCUACGAGAAGAAUCUCGUCUUUUAGUGGUUCUGGAAUACGGGCGGUCUCAAGAGUGAGCAGUUUUAGUACCUCUGUGGUCAGGGAGCCAGCAGCCCAAAGCCUUUUUAAUAGAUCCUGUUGUCCUAGCAUUGCCUUUUCCCAGCACCCACUCUUACCUGGGUGGAGAUGUAACCCCUGCAGACGCAGGUUAGAAGACCCAAACCCCUUCUUGCUUUACCCAAGCAAAGGGGAAUAAGCAUCAUGUCUUGGUCCCAUUGUGUGGCUCCUCUUCAGUUUGGGAAGCCUCUGGAGCAGCCAAGGAAGUGGCUGAAGCUGCAGAAGGCUGAGGGCUGAUGUGAAGAGUGGGAAGGAGCAAUGAGGAAAGUUGGGGAAGGAUGGAGAUGGCUGGAGCCCAUUGCACACAGAGCACCCAUCCCUGGGGUGUCCUGCACCGAGCCACCACAUCAGCAUGUGCUGCAGUCCCUGUCAUCCCACAAGCCCCAUCCUGUAUCAGUGGUUUCACAUUGUAUUCCUACCCUGAGGGGCAAUAAACCAGCACAGCCCUCUCCCUGUGGGUCACCAAAACCCCAUGAGGUAUUGCAUUGUGUUACAGGGACCACAGGCUUGUGAGCUGGUGGCAGUGGGCUUAAAGGGGUUGGAGGAGGAGGAAAUCCAUCUCCUUCCUCCCAGGCCCCAUCUCUGCCCAUCCCAUCUCCCUGGAAUGGCCAGGGAGGGGUGAGGCAGGUCCUGAAGCUGUAAAUCAACAGCAUGAACCUGUUUGCCAAAGAAUGACCAUGGGUGACGUGCACCAGGGGACCUGAAGAGUUAGGGGUGAGGUUUGCAGCAUUAGAGGUGGGACACAGCCUCCUCUUCCCUAGGAAGGUGGGAAUGGUCCCUGCUGUGCAACAUCCAAGACAAGGUGAGGGGAUGCUGGGGACCAGCAAUGCUGGGGACUGGCACCCACUGCUCACCCCAUGCACCCUGCACCACCCAUCAGCCUUCAUGUGUUGCACUUUUACCCAAUGCUGCAGAAACCAGAGAUAAAUACCUGUUUUCCUUACCUUGCAGAGAGGUGUUUUCCAGGAUCCCUUCCCUGGGUACCAUGUCACAUCCAGUCCUCUGCCAUCACUGCAUCCUCUGUGGAUCCACUCACACAUGUGAUGGGGGGGUUGUGAUGGAGCUGUGUGUUGUGAUGUUCUGUACAGCUUGCAAUAACCCUUAUUUCUUGCAAUAACCCUUAUUUCUUACAAUAACCCUUACCUCUUGUUGCACACUGUGUAGUAAACCAUUACUUACAUA